AUGUGGUGGAACCGGCUGUGCUUCUUCCUAGGCUCUUGGAACACGUCAUCUUCCACGUGGCUCGGCUUAUUCGUAUCUUGCUUUGCAGAUUGGGUGUAUUGGCCCGCUGCUGUACAGCAUUCUACGCAAAUGUUCCAGCUUGUCGCAGACGCUCUCGUCCACUUAUUUAAUACUUGCGCUUCUGGUAUUCUGCUCCACUUGCACUGCUCUGAUGGCGUUCUUCUGGGGACGGACUGCAUUUCUUUUCGGCCGAGAAAGGUGGUGUUGCCCAGGUUCGCGGGACGAUAG